CCGAACUCCGAAGCCCUUGUCAAACUUAAAGCGGCUAAAAGUUGAGUCAAGAAUUUGUAUGCAUGCAGAUCUACACAAAGUUGAUUGGACAAAGAUCUUCCCAUAUUAACACCAUAGCACAAAGAUGGCAACAAACACAACUGCAUUCGCUGUUCGAACAGCAACAAUUCAACGAAAGACAAAUGAAACAAACAUCACAUGUACACUUGCACUUGAUGUUCAUCCAACAUUCGCUCCUCAAGUAAUCAAUGUCAAAACUGGAAUCGGAUUUUACGAUCAUAUGUUACACGCUUUGGCCAAACAUGGUGGAAUGUCAUUAGAGAUGAAAUGCGAUGGAGAUCUAUGGAUAGACGAUCAUCAUUCAGCAGAAGAUUGUGCUUUGGCUUUGGGAGAAGCUUUCAAGCAAGCUUUAGGUCCUGUAAAAGGUAUCAAGAGAUACGGAACAGGUCAUGCUCCAUUAGAUGAAGCACUUUCAAGAGCAGUGAUCGAUAUUUCAAGUAGACCUUAUUGCGUCGCUGAACUAGGUCUCAAGCGUGAAAAGAUUGGUGACCUUUCGUGUGAGAUGAUCCCACAUAUCUUCCAUAGCUUUGCCAUGGCUGCAGGUGUUACAUUGCACGUUGAUUGCUUGCGUGGCGACAAUGAUCAUCACAGAUCCGAAUCGGCAUUCAAGGCAUUGGCACUAGCUAUCAAAGAAGCAGUAUCAAAAACAGGUCUAGACGAUGUUCCAUCGACAAAGGGUGUUUUGUGAUGACUCAUGUGUACAUAAUGAAAUGUGACAUUUAUAUUUGGAUUGAUAUGUAUACAAGAGAUGCGCUGAGAGCAGGGAAACGUAC